GCUUGGCAAAUGGGUACAUACUGCUACUCACAUGUUCCACGUAGCCCCCUAAUGUGUUAGCAAAUUAGGGUAGUGCAAUAACAUGCAAAGGCAACAAGACAGAAGGAGAACUGUCCAUUUCUCACCCAUGCCCACACCCCAACCCUACCUUUGCUCUCCUAUAAAUUCCAACCCCUGCCGAGUAGCCGCUUCACCAAACUACCCUCCCCCAUUUCUAUUACCUACCGAUCGCUUAAGCCUAGCUAGCUAGCUAUGGCCAAAACUACUUAUAGUACUCCACUGCCAUUCGUGCCAAAACCACUGCUCUUCCUCAUCCUAUUCUCUUUGUCGACCCUAACACUAUUUCACCGCAGCUGCCUUGCCCAGCUUGAGCUACAGAAGCCCCAAUUGUAUGGUGACCACCAACCCCGGCGGCUGCACCGAGGCUUCAGAACCGAGUGCCGCAUCGACCGCCUACGGGCUCUCAAGCCCACCCGCUCGGUCCAGUCGGAGGCCGGAGAGACAGAGUAUUACGACCAAGAUAACAAGCAGUUACAGUGUGUGGGGGUGGCAGUGAUUCGUCUUACCAUCCAUCUAAGAGGGCUCUUGGUGCCUUCCUACACCAAUGCACCUCAGCUCAUCCACAUCCUUCAAGGAAGGGGAAUUCUAGGAAUAGUGAUCCCAGGGUGCCCGGAGACGUACGAAUUUUCAAGCUGGUCGCAGCAGAAAGGCAAAGAAGGGAGACAACAGUAUAGAGACCGAUAUCAGAAGCGUCGACGGGUGCGGGAGGGGGAAGUUGUGGCCCUGCCCGUCGGAGUGGUUUAUUAUCUUUACAACGACGGGGAGGAAGACCUUGUUGUCGCGAAGAUCCUUGACACUAGCAAUGACGCCAACCAGCUUGAUCCCCGAGCCAAAAGCUUCUAUCUAGCUGGUUAUCCGCGUAAAGAAGGCGAAAGGGGUGAGGAGAAGAUGGAGAGAGAACGUGUUUUUGCGGGUUUGGGGAAGGAGCUGCUGGGAGAGGCUUUUGACACCAGAACGAGGCUAACAGAGAAGUUGCAGGGCAAAGCAGAUGCUGAUGAGUACGGUAUUAUCGUUUACAUCGAAGAACAAGAGCUUCGACUUUUAGCCCCAGAAACCCAACGUGAAGAAGAGGAAGACAAAGAUGACAAUAGUAAUGGGUUGGAGGAGAAUAUCUGCACCUUGAGACUGCAAGAGAAUUUAGCCCGGCCGUCCCGCGCCGACUUGUUCAACCCUCGCGGCGGCCGCGUUGCCACCAGCAACAGCCAUACACUCCCCAUCUUGAAAUCUCUCAGAUUGAACGCUCAGAACGUGGUUCUCUACAAGAACGCAAUUGUGGGGCCCCAUUACCAGAUGAACGCGCACAGCGUGGUGUAUGUGAGGAGGGGUAGUGGUCGGGUUCAGGUGGUGGGAGACUCUGGAAAAACCGUAUUCGAUGGUGAGAUUGAGAAGGGCGAGGUUUUGGUAAUUCCCCAGAACUUCGUUUCGCUGACAAAGGCUAGCGACUCAGGGUUAGAAUAUGUAGCGGUGAAGACCAACGACAACGCCAUGGAAACCCCUCUCGCUGGCGAGUUCUCGGUUUUCAGGUCAUUGCCGGUGGGCGUACUUUCAGCCUCCUACGACAUUUCCAGGGAGGACGCACAAAGCUUGAAGGAGAAUCGGAGGGAGCAAACUAUUUUUGGUCCACGGUCAACUCGGGAACGUGAUCAUAAUGAGCGAAGGGCCGACGUUUGAGUACUACAUGGACCGAUGCAGCUUAAUCAUAAAUUAGGCUUAGAGAAUAAAGGUCUCAUAUUGGAGCUGGAGAGUUGGUGUUGUUCCCAUCACUCCCCCUCUCCUGUUACUCGUCUAUGCGGCAUAAGCUAAUAAAAGGAAAGAACCUUUCUUC